GGAGGAGGAGGGAUUUACUCACACAACUUUGACACGAACGCACAGCAGGCGCGUGCACGAGCAGAAGCGUGCUCGCGGCUGUGGACUUUAGGACAAACAAGUUCUGCCUUCGCUUCUUUCGGGACCGGGCUCGUGCACGCACGGACGCGCGCGCAGGGGCUGCUUUCCACUCGAAGGUACUCGGGCUCGAGACGUGUCACCGGCGAGUUGUCGUGUGUGUGGUCUUGACAGCCAUAAUCCGUCGUCCUGCGGGGAGGCGGCAGUGAGUGCUGUGCGGCGAGCACAGACGGAGCUCCCGGCCGAGCUGAACCGGACAUGCCCGUCAGGAAGAAAGAUGCACAGCGGGCGCUGUCCCUCCUAGAGGAGUACCGGGCCAAACUGAACCACGCUGAAGACCGACAUCUGGGUAUCUCCAUCCAAAGGGUCAUUGACAUCUUCCAGAGUAAUCUCUUCCAGGCGCUCAUUGAUAUCCAGGAGUUCUACGAAGUGACCUUAUUGGACAGCCAGAAAUGGGCGGAGUCUUCCAAGCCGGUGGACGUCGUGGUGCCUCCCGUCAACCUAUGGGACUUCUCCAGCCUUCAAAGCACAACCGUGACCUCCGAUACACUGCCCAGCCUUAGCACAAGCAUCGAGGACUCCGCCCUCCUAAAUGAAAUCCUCCACACGUUGGCCAAACGCUCGCCAAAACAUGACACAUGUAAGUACCGGCACCACGAUGAGGACUCAUCCCCUCAGGAGGACCAGAGCUCGCCCCAGCUCACUGAGGAGGCGGGCGGUCCAGAACUGGUCCAGGUGGCCGAGAAGAAUCUUUCCCAGAUUGAGAACGUACACGGCUAUGUCACCCAUGCCCACAUCUCACCCAUGAAGGUGGCAUCUCUGGAGUGCGUCUUUGACGGGUCAUCAACAUUAGGACAUAACAACCCGGAACUCCCUUCCCCCACACCCUCAUCCCUCUACCCUCACGGAGAAGACAGCCCCCUCCCAUCCUGCUCUUCCAACCCCUACCCCCCAAUCCAGGCCAAUCCCCCUCCUGUUGUGGUGAAUGCCGACAGUUUGGACACGCCCCCUUAUGUUAACGGAACCGAGGCAGACUACGAGUAUGAGGAGAUCACAUUGGAGAGGGGGAAUUCGGGUCUGGGCUUCAGCAUCGCGGGCGGCAUUGACAACCCCCACAUCGGUGAAGACCCCAGCAUCUUUAUCACCAAAGUCAUCCCAGGGGGUGCCGCCGCCCAGGAUGGAAGGCUCAGGGUCAAUGAUGUCAUCCUGCGUGUCAAUGAGGUGGAUGUUCGCGAUGUGACACAUAGUCGGGCUGUGGAGGCGUUAAAGGAGGCAGGCUCUCUAGUUCGACUGUACGUGCGUAGGAGGAAGCCUCUCUCUGAGAAAGUGAUGGAGAUCAAACUGGUGAAAAGACCCAAAGGUCUGGGCUUCAGUAUAGCGGGCGGUGUGGGCAACCAGCACAUCCCCGGUGAUAACAGCAUCUAUGUGACCAAGAUUAUAGAGGGUGGAGCUGCGCACAAAGACGGCCGAUUGCAGAUCGGUGACAAACUCCUGGCUGUGAACAGUAGUUGUCUAGAAGAAGUUAGUCAUGAGCACGCCGUCACUGCCUUGAAGAACACUCCUGACGUGGUCUACUUGAAAGUGGCCAAACCCAACAGUGUCUUCAUUACCGAUACAUUCGGACCUCCAGACAUCACCAACUCCUUCUCGCAGGAUCUGGAGAACCAUAUCACUCCUCCUAACUUUCUGGCUCAGCCCCUCCCUUUGCCGGCCUCAUCUGGACGCUACUCGCCGACGCCCAAGAGCAUGCUGGGAGAUGAUGACAUGUCACGGGAACCUAGGAAAGUGGUGCUGCAUCGCGGCGCCACAGGUUUGGGCUUCAACAUUGUCGGUGGCGAGGAUGGCGAGGGCAUCUUCAUCUCCUUCAUCCUGGCUGGCGGUCCCGCAGACCUAUGUGGGGAGCUGAGGAAAGGAGAUCGCCUGGUGUCUGUAAAUGGCGUGGACCUUCGCAGCGCCACGCACGAGCAGGCCGCUGCCGCGCUGAAGAACGCCGGGCAGACUGUGACCAUCAUGGCCCACUACAGGCCUGAGGGUGAGGGGCGCCAGAAGUCACGUGACUGUCAUGGCAUAAACGUGUUGGUGACGGGAAGGUGCGCUGGUCUUUCAGAGUACGGGCGCUUUGAGGCCAAGAUCCACGACCUGAGAGAGCAGAUGAUGAACAGCAGCAUCAGUUCUGGUUCAGGUUCCCUGCGGACCAACCAGAAAAGGUCGUUGUACGUCAGGGCUCUCUUUGACUACGACAAGACCCGGGACUCGGGUCUUCCCAGUCAGGGUCUGGACUUCAAGUUCGGAGACAUUCUUCACGUGGUCAACGCCUCCGACGAUGAGUGGUGGCAGGCUCGCCAGAUGACGUCCCGCGGCGAGGCGGAGGAUGUUGGCGUGAUCCCCAGCAAGCGGAGGGUGGAGAAGAAGGAGCGAGCUCGCUUGAAGACGGUCAAGUUCAACCCGAAGUCUCGUGAGCGAGGGUCGCUCAGUGACAAGCGUAAAAAGAGCGUCUUUCCCAGAACGUUCCUCUUCUACAAGAAUCGGGAGACGAGCGAGCAGGAGAGCAGCGACUUGGAGCAACACGUCACCUCGAACGCCAGCGAUAGCGAAAGUAGCUGCCGCGGACAGGAGGAGUGUGUCAUUUCCUAUGAAGCCGUCGCUCAACAGAAAGUCGACUACGCGCGGCCCGUCAUCAUCCUCGGGCCCAUGAAGGACCGCGUCAAUGACGACCUCAUCUCUGAGUUCCCUGACAAGUUCGGAUCAUGUGUCCCACACACGACACGGCCCAAGCGGGACUACGAGGUGGACGGUCGGGAUUAUCAUUUUGUGGCGUCCCGCGAGCAGAUGGAGAAGGACAUCCAGGAGCACAAGUUCAUCGAGGCGGGUCAGUACAACAACCAUCUGUACGGAACCAGCGUCCAGUCCGUCCGAGAGGUGGCCCAGAAGGGUAAACAUUGCAUCCUGGAUGUGUCUGGCAACGCCAUCAAGCGACUCCAGCUCGCUCUUCUUCACCCGAUUGCUGUCUUCAUCAAGCCCAAGUCGAUGGAGAACAUCAUGGAAAUGAACAAGCGGCUGACAGAGGAUCAAAGCCGGAAGACGUUCGAACGUGCUGCCAAACUGGAGCAUGAGUUCACUGAGCACUUCACAGCCAUUGUGCAAGGAGACACACUGGAGGAAAUCUACGAGCAAACCAAGCAGAUCAUUGAGGACCAGUCGGGUCCGUUCAUAUGGGUCCAGUCCAAGGAGAAGUUGUGAACACCGUCCACUUUUAUUUUGAAAAUUCCACCUGCCCUUCACACCCCCGCCCAUUGUGGGACAUUCUUGGACACCCUGAAGGACCUAAAAAGACAUCUUUUUAUUGUGUGGUCGACACAAAAAGCAACUUUGCACGUCGGAGCAUUAAGAGCGUCUCUCCCUCAACCCCCAUCUCACCUGCACUCCUCUGCUGCCACUAGAGGGCGCUGUCUGCUUUUUACUGCUCACAUUAACCCUUUAAUGAGGACAAAAUGGUGGAAUUGAACAUUAUACUUCACAGUUUACUAAGAGCUCUUUAAAUUCUCAAUAGAGUUGUUGCAGUGACCUGCAGGUGGCAUCGUAGUGCAGGACAAGGGUUUUAAAGGAGCUAAACUGCCUAUUUUGUUAUAAAAAGUCUAUAUUGAAGUCUGCAUUAUCACUAAUCUUUAUUUUGAUCACUUCCUGCCUUUUUUUAACCUAAUAAAAUCUGUUGAAGCUGUA